CCUCUCUUAUCGCUCUUCUCAUCUGUCAUUUCUUCAUCCUGUCCUCUCUAAACUUUUCUCUUCUUCGUUUUCAUUGUCUUCAUUGCUCCCGCGGCUCGUCGCCACCCCGUAAUAGACAUCAGGAAACAAGCAAUUAAUCCCGCCGCCCUCCGAUUUGCCCGGCUGGAUUGACAUCGCAACAUCGGACAAAAGCAGCUCAACUCCUAGUAACACAUCAACUACUCCCAGAUCGAGCUUCCACCAAUACGUCCAUUUCCCUCCCAUUGCUCUCAAAUCAAUCUCUCGCCCGCCAUGUCUUCAUACUUCUUCUCGGGACACCACCCACAUCAGCCCCAGCAGCACCAGCAUCAACACCCGCCACCCCCAACCCACAUUGCGCAACACACCUCCCAUACUCAUCAUGGUGGUCGCUCUCGUCGUGCGCAGAAGAUGGGUGGCCAGAACUCCCAUAGGCAGUUCCGUGGUGUGAAAAGUAUGAGGGAAUUGGCCGAGGCUCCUGCCAUCACAGCUUUCCGUGCCAGAUUCGAGGCUGGUCGUUCCUUUGACCUGGACGAUGACCUGGAGUUUUGCCCCGGUCUCUUGACUGAGGACGAUUUGCAAUCCAUUGCGUCUUCUGUUUCAGACCGUUCGUCCCUCGCCAGCGCCUCGCCCGAUUCUUCACCUCUUCAGCACCAGAUUCAGCCGACGCAGCAGGUGGCCCCGGCUAUUUCGCUGUCUCCCGCUUCAAUUAAUUCCUACAACUCGAAUAGUUUUAAUCAGAUGAAGAUCCAUCAACCAUCGGCGGUCCGAACAAGAAAUGCCAUUCCAAUCGUCAAUCCAAGCACUGGCAUGCGCGUCUCGAGCCCCCCGUCCACCAUCUCACCCGGCAUGAUGCAGUCUGACCAGCGUCGAUGGUAAACAUGACUCGGGGGAAAUGGAAACAAGCUCAACACCCCCGGUCUCGUAUAUACGUCGUUCUUCCUCCAUGCCGCUCGGUAUCUUUCUGCAUCUCCUGGGUCGACCAUCCUUUUCUACUUGUUAACCAGUUCCUUCGGUUUAUAUCAUCUUUUUUAUUUUCAGUUCGAGUACGAUUCCGUGGAUCACCGUCCCUCCCGACCACUUAAUACUUUCGACUUGUAUAUAAAACCAUUUUUCGAACCCUUCCGCCCCUUUAAACCCCCCUUUUCGACCUUAUUUUGCGGUGAUCCAAUGUUUUAUACGAAGAGACGUUUCGUUUACUGAGAGCAAAUGGGGUGCAUCACGAGCCGAUUAUUUACUGUCAUUUCUGGUGGUUUCGUUUUUCUCUGGAGAAAAAACAAAAAGAGUGUCCUUGAUUCCCUUUGGUCUUAACCCGAUGAUGAAAUAUAGAAUGAGCGGCGACUGUGUUUUGGAAAAAAGGCUGUACAACGGACCGUGGAGUUUUGUUUCUGUUUUGUCCCCGAGCGAGCGAAAUCUGUUUCUUGUUGCCAUACGUUACAUUUGCACGGUUGGGCUUCUGGUGGGUGAUUACGUGUGGGCGAAAUCUAGCGUGAUAUCCAUGAUCAUAUUCAUUUUGGGCCGUGGCUGAACUGGAGUGAGAUGGGGAUAUACUUGGUCUUUUUUUUUCUCUUUUUGGUUUGUCUUUUUGCCAUUGUUUAUUUUUACUGCUGUUUUUCUUUUUUUACCAUUUCCCGCUCCAUGGUUGUCUCUAUAGACAGAAAUGAUGUAUGGGUGCAUCGGUCUUUGUUUUGUUUUUGGUUGAAUACUCGACGCAGCUUAUUCCUUUUGGCUAUUUCUAACAUACUAAAUACGCCUAUACCACUUAUUCCCUCAUUUACGCGCGCUCAUUAAUUCUCUUUUGUUUUCGCGGUUUAUCUGAGUUUUGUUUUCUUUUUGUUUUGGAAAAAGAACAAAAGAAACCACGGUUGGAAACUACGUAAAGACGGAGUGGGAAAUACAUCCAAUACGGUUUGCUUG